AUUCCCAUGGCCCGGGCUCCCGCAUCCAACCUGCUGUCGCCGCGGCCACGCCGAGCGCAGCAGGCGCCACGCGCAGAGCACACGCUCGCACUCCAGUUCCGGGCCUCCGCCGUUCAUGACCGUGACCCCCGGACGCAGGCUCCUUCAGCCCCUGCCGCUGGCUCUUCGGCCAUUCCCAGCUGCCGCAAGGGUCCCCACCUCCCCAAGUGCUUUGAAGCUAGCCUGAGCCCCCCUACCCGCUGCCCGCUCGUGGCUGCCCGGCUCGGCUGGCACCAUGCUGCCCGCGCGCGUCCGUCUGCUCACGCCCCACUUGCUGCUCGUGUUGGUGCAGCUGUCCCCGAACGGCGGCCACCGCACCACCGGCCCCAGGUUCCUAAUAAGUGACCGUGACCCUCCGUGCAACCCACACUGUCCCAGGACUCAGCCCAAGCCCAUCUGCGCCUCUGACGGCAGGUCCUACGAGUCCAUGUGUGAGUACCAGAGAGCCAAGUGCCGAGACCCAGCCCUGGCCGUGGUCCAUCGAGGUCGAUGCAAAGAUGCUGGCCAGAGCAAGUGUCGCCUGGAGAGGGCUCAGGCCUUGGAACAGGCCAAGAAGCCUCAGGAGGCUGUGUUUGUCCCAGAGUGUGGCGAGGAUGGUUCCUUCACACAGGUGCAGUGUCAUACGUACACAGGGUAUUGCUGGUGUGUCACCCCAGAUGGCAAGCCCAUCAGUGGUUCUUCCGUGCAGAAUAAAACUCCUGUAUGCUCAGGUCCAGUUACCGACAAGCCCUUGAGCCAGGGUAAUUCAGGAAGAAAAGUCUCCUUUCGUUUCUUUUUAACCCUCAAUUCAGAUGAUGGCUCUAAACCCACGCCCACGAUGGAGACCCAACCUGUGUUCGAUGGAGAAGAAAUCACAGCGCCCACCUUAUGGAUUAAGCACUUGGUAAUCAAAGACUCCAAGUUGAAUAACACCAACGUAAGAAAUUCAGAGAAAGUCCAUUCCUGUGACCAGGAAAGACAGAGUGCCCUGGAAGAGGCCCGGCAGAAUCCCCGAGAGGGCAUUGUGAUCCCCGAGUGUGCUCCUGGUGGGCUCUAUAAGCCCGUGCAAUGCCACCAAUCCACAGGCUACUGUUGGUGCGUCCUAGUAGACACAGGGCGCCCAUUGCCGGGGACUUCCACACGCUAUGUGAUGCCAAGUUGCGAGAGUGAUGCCAGAGCCAAGAGUGUAGAGGCGGAUGACCCUUUCAAGGACAGGGAGUUGCCAGGUUGUCCUGAAGGGAAGAAGAUGGAAUUUAUUACCAGCCUGCUGGAUGCCCUCACCACAGACAUGGUUCAGGCCAUUAACUCAGCAGCGCCCACUGGAGGUGGGAGGUUCUCAGAGCCAGACCCCAGCCACACCCUGGAGGAGAGAGUGGCACACUGGUACUUUAGCCAACUGGAUAGCAACAGCAGUGAUGACAUUAACAAGCGGGAGAUGAAGCCUUUCAAGCGCUAUGUAAAGAAGAAAGCCAAGCCCAAGAAAUGUGCCCGGCGCUUCACCGACUACUGCGACCUGAACAAGGAUAAGGUCAUCUCACUGCCUGAGCUGAAGGGCUGCCUGGGUGUUAGCAAAGAAGGUGGUAGCCUUGGCAGCUUCCCUCAGGGAAAACGAGCAGGCACAAACCCGUUCAUCGGACGCCUUGUCUAAAGAGUGGAAAAAUCAAAAGGCCCAUGGAGACUCCGAGGAGACAGGACUGACCAUCAGACACCUAACCCUCAGCGCUGCCCGUGGCCCAGCCACAGCCUGUGUAACAUAAGUGGUGCCCGCCAUGUUUGCACUUUUAAUAACUCUUACGUGUG